UGAUUUCUACCUUUUCUUUCAUGUCGCAUUAUUGAUGUGCAUUUUUUGUUGCAGCUAACACAACAAUCUUAUAAUGACCUUGAUAAUUACAAAUCCAAACAUAUACUCAGUGCCUGAUUCUGAUUCAGAAGAUGAACAAAACUUCUUCAUUCAAAAUCGUGUACAUAUGACAGAGAAACAGCAAAAAAAUAUUCUCAAACUUGGCUGCACAUAUAACCCACUCGAUAAAUACAAAUCAACUAAUUUAUUGAAGGGACUGACUUAUAUCGAGCCUACAGAAGACUCAUGGUUACAAUAUCAGCUCAAACUACAAGAAAGGCAAACAAAAUUUUUAGAGAAAGAACGCGAAAAACGCAGAAAAGAGCAUGAUGAAGCACAAAGGCUUCUAGAAGAAAUCAAUCUAUUAAAAUUAAACGAUGAUAAUGCCGGCGAAGAUGAUAGAUUUGAGAAAGAGUUGGAAAAGCAGCGAAAAUUAGUUGAAAAUGCUAUCCAAUUGGAUAAGAAAAAACUCGAAAAUGAAAAGAAAGAGGCUCAGCUGAAGGAAGAGAAAGCAAAGAAGGAAAAAGAGGAAGAGGCCAAGAGGCUAGAAGAAGAAAAGAAGGCUAACGAAAAGAAGGAAGAGAUUAAGAAACUUCAACAAUCAUCAGCGACCUCAAUAGAAGGAUGGCAAGAGUACCAGCGAUUCUAUAAAAAAAUUGAAUAUUACAAAACAACCAUAAAGCCUAAAUUGAGCGAUGAUAAUUUUCGAAAGGCUUGUUUUAAUGCUAAAAGACCAAUUACAAGAACAGUAUCACAAUUACAAUACGAUCAUAGUGUUUUGCUUGAAAAGCAUGCUGCUCUUUGUCAACACCUUGCUGGCAUUAAGCAACAGUCACCGGAUGCAUUUGAAUUUGCUUUAAAUCACCUUGCAAAAGCAUUCUUAUCUCAGGCUAGACAAGAAAUCCAUGCUACAGCUCAUGCUGCUUAUUUUUUAGCAAGAUUUGCCUAUUUAAUGAUAAGUUCUAUUCCAGAAUUUUCAGAUUAUUUAUUAGGUCGAUUGUUUAAACGCUGCCAAUAUCUGAUUCCUAAAUACCACGACGAUGAUCCUUCCCUCUCUGUUGAAGAGAUAAAAGCGCGCUUACGAUACACAUAUAGUGAUAAGGAAACCAAAACGAUUGAGAGUCACUUGCAACAUUCAGAAUUUCAAAAAUGUUAUAUAAUGCUUUAUGGUGCGUUAUGUCAAACAGUACCUGACCCAGGACAGCCUCCCAACCCUUAUCCACUUAAACACGCUUGGAUUUGGUUGGCACGUAUCUGUAAUAUGCCUCCACGAGAAGUGACUCCUGCACUUGUUGGAGGUAUGUUAGAAGUGGCCUCCAAAAGAUUAUUAGAAGCCUAUCCUACACAAAUGACAAAGCUUCUAAAAUUGAUUCGUCAAGAAAUAUGCCCCAAAUAUCCUCCUACUCAAUCGAACGAUAACGUCGCUAACAUCAGACGGGUAGAAAUGUUCAUUGAUGACUACUUCCAAACUGGAAAGCUAGACACUGUUCCAGAAGUCCCUCCUGAAAAACGAUAAUGAUAAUGCCAUCAUAAGCUUCAAUAAAAUAUUCUUGAUUUUUCUGUAAACUUUCAUAGAAAAAA